GAUUUAAAUGAGGUGUGAGUUGUAGCAUCCACUAAUGCUGAAGUUGGUAGUUCUUAGCUGGAAUGGUUGCAAACUAACUUAACCCAUUACCUGGUUGUUAACCUGAGUAUUUUGAAGAGACAGAUGUUGAUUUAUAAAAGCAGAUUUUUUUGCUAGAAAAUAUUGAUAUUUUGUCUGUUUCCUAACGGUGCUGUUUAAUUCAGCCUACUGACAACUCUGUUGGCGUGCUGGUAGUGAUGACAAACUGAUGUGGUCAAAGUUGGCUGGUUUUAAACUGUGGGUGAAGUUAAUUACGUUUGGUUUGUUUCAGGUUGUAGUUAAGGUGAGGUUAGGUGGUGCUUAGUCUUUAGGUUUUUGUUGAGGACGUCAGUGAUGAAAGAAGAGAUUGCGGUGGCUGUGUUCUUUGUGGCACGGCUGGUGAAGCGUCAUGGUAAUUUAGACACUGAGAGGAGAGAGAGGUUUGCUGCUGCCCUCACCUCUGCUCUGUUCGAAAACUACAAGGCCCACUGGUAUCCACAGAUGCCAGUUAAAGGACAAGCUUACCGGUGUCUGCGUAUGAACAAGGCCCAGCGGAAGGAUCCGGUAUUGGAGAGUGCGUGCGUACGGAGCGCUGUGUCCUAUGAGUGCCUGGGGUUGCCGCUCGAGAUCACCAUCUGGGUGGACCCUGGAGAGGUGUCUUGCAGGUAUGGGGAGCACAGCAUUCCCUUCUGUGUGACACAGCUGCACAGUUGUCGUCGUGGUGAUAGGGAGUUUUCCCGCCGCAUUCAUGAUGCUGUGGAGAAGGCAACCGCCGACAUCCAAUCAGAAUCUUCAUCUGAUGAGGAAGGUGGGGACUCGAGCAUGAGUAGCAGCAGUUGCAGCAGCCUAUCAGCUCUCUGCCCUGCGUUGGGCCCCACCCCCAACCUGGAACCCAAAACCAUCCCCACUGUCAGCAAUCCAAACAGUGUUUACCAGUCUCAGUUCAGUGAGUUUGCUUCAGUUCCACCCCCUGCAGCCUGGUCUGUUUAUCCCAAGAGGAAGGCCUUUGCUGGGGACAGCUACCCUGCUCACUGCCCUGCCUCUGGAGGCCCUUUCUCCCAGCAGCACAGCCAGUUCCUGCCUCCUAAAGGAUUCAAGCCCUACAGAGCCUCAUUCUCCUUCACUGGGCCCCGACAGGACAAAUAUCAUUGGGUCAGCAAGAAACGCUAGUGGAGCAGAUGACCUAGGACUGGCGACCACAUCCUAGUUGAAUUGGACUUGGCAGGCUGCCCAGAGCCUCGGACAUGUUAAAAUAUAAAGUGUGCAUUUAUUUAUGAGAUGGUUAAAGCAAUGCUGUUUGAGCAUUUUUUAAAGUUGAAGUGUUUUAAUAAAAAACCUUUUAUGUUGUCUUAAACUAUUGUGAUUGUUAAACUGGAAAAGAUUGUCUGAAUAAAAUAAUCAGUUUUUACAUGA